CUCAAACGGUGAGUUGGAUUCUACCUCCUCUUCAGGGCGGCGGGAGGCGGCGGGUGGAGCUUACAGGGAGGACAGGCUGGGACUGAAGCCGCCGCGGGGGACCAGGAGCCCGGUGCGCUGCUGCCGCUGUGACCGCUGACAGCACCGACAUGGAGCUGGAGAACAUCGUGGCCAACACGGUGCUGCUGAAGGCUCGAGAAGGAGGCGACGGAAACAGAAAAGGAAAAAGCAAGAAAUGGAAGCAGAUGCUGCAGUUUCCCCACAUCAGUUUGUGUGAAGAGCUGCGACAGACCACAGUAAAGUUUCCUGAGAGGGUUUUUGUGUCGGCCGAGUACGAGGUGGCGCCCGACGAGAGGAGGAAGGACUGCGGUCAGGGAUUCAUCGACAAAUACUUCAACCCAAAGUCAGAGGACCAUGUGCCUGAGGUGGAGGACGCCAUGAUGGCUCAGUGCAGCGAGCAGCUGCAGCAGGAGGCCUGUAAAGAGCUCUUCAAGGACUGUACCAAAUUGAUCCACGACUUUCUGAGCGUGGCGCCUUUCGCUGACUACCUCGACAGCAUGUACUACAACAGGUUCCUCCAGUGGAAAUGGCUGGAGAGGCAACCGGUGACGAAAAACACAUUCCGACAGUACCGAGUCUUAGGGAAAGGAGGUUUUGGAGAGGUGUGUGCGUGUCAGGUACGAGCGACGGGGAAGAUGUACGCCUGCAAGAAGCUGGAGAAGAAGAGGAUAAAGAAGAGGAAAGGAGAAUCCAUGGCGCUCAAUGAGAAACAGAUCCUGGAGAAAGUCAACAGUAGAUUUGUUGUCAGUCUGGCGUACGCCUACGAGACGAAAGACGCCCUGUGCCUGGUGCUGACGCUCAUGAACGGAGGAGACCUUAAGUUUCACAUCUAUCACAUGGGCGAGGCGGGUUUCGACGAGAGGAGAGCCGUCUUCUACUCAGCAGAGAUCUGCUGCGGGCUGGAGGACCUGCAGCGAGAACGCAUCGUCUACAGGGACCUCAAACCAGAGAACAUCCUGCUGGACGACUUUGGCCACAUCAGGAUAUCAGAUCUGGGUUUGGCGGUUCAUGUCCCAGAAGGUGAAACCAUCAAGGGUCGGGUGGGAACAGUCGGAUACAUGUCUCCUGAGGUGGUGAAGAACGAGCGCUACACCUUCAGCCCGGACUGGUGGGCGCUGGGCUGCCUGCUGUACGAGAUGAUCGAGGGCCAGUCGCCCUUCCAGCAGAGGAAGAAGAAGAUCAAGAGGGAGGAGGUGGAGCGGCUGGUGACGGAGGUGGAGGAGGAAUAUUCCAGCAAGUUCUCUGAAGACGCCCAGUCCCUCUGCAGGAUGCUUCUCGUCAAAGAUCCCGCAGAGAGGCUGGGCUGCCAGGGGGGCGGAGCCUCAGAGGUCAAAGCUCAUCCCAUCUUCCGCUCCAUUAACUUUAAACGUUUGGAGGCCGGGAUGCUGCAGGUGCCGUUCAUCCCUGACCCUCAGGCGAUCUACUGUAAAGACGUCCUGGACAUCGAGCAGUUCUCCACGGUCAAAGGUGUCGAGCUGGAGCCGAAGGACGAAUCGUUCUAUAACAAAGUGUCCACGGGCAGCAUCUCCAUCCCCUGGCAGAACGAGAUGAUUGAGACGGAGUGUUUCACUGAGCUGAACAUUUUGUACCAGGACGGGACGGUUCCCCCCGACCUCGACUGGAGGGGUCAACCUUCUCCUCCCCCCAAACAGGGACUCCUGCAGCGGCUGUUCGGCCGACAGGACUGCUGUGGUAACUGCAGCGACAGUGACGAGGAGCCCACCAGGCUGUGACACACACACACACACACACACACACACACACACACACACACACACACACACACGAUCUUAUUUGUUUACAACUUUUGCACAUUUGUAUUUUUAAGAUAGUUCUAUCUCUAAAAGUCAGAAUGUAUAUUUUCAUCAUUAUUUAAAACGUGUGAAUUAUCGCCGUCGCUCAGGAGACGAAACAAGAUGAACUUUUUUUUUUUUUCCUGUUUAUUGUCCAGGGAUGUUGUUUUUUUUUCCUCUUCCUCAUUCGUCCAAACAUUUCCACGUUAUUGAACCUGGAGCUGCUGCCGGCCGCCGAGCAGCUCCACUGGAACAACGGCCUGCUGUAGAAGUGCCUUGCUCGAGGGCACCGCGGCAGAGGGGAAGACUGAGCAUUGAUCUCUUUUACGCUUUCCCACUUUGUCGGUGAGGCUCAUGAACUGCGACCACUUGACUCCCUCCGCCUCCGUCCUGCUGUGCCAGACCUCGCUCUCUCUUCUCUUCUAUUUAAUUCCACUGGACGUUUGGGAAACGUGACGUCAGAACCACGAAGUCGACAUCCGCAGAUAUUUUUUAUAACCGCGUUGUUUUAUCUCGUCAUGAACUCUGUGAGGAUCCGUGUCAGUUUGUCUUCAGGGACUCGUCAGCUCAGUUUCUGGGACGUGACUGUUUCAUGUGGGACGAUUCUGUUUCAGUGAAAAACACCUGAUGACGAUCUGAAGUUGUUUUUGUUCCUCUUUUAUUUUCAGCCCCAGUUUUAUAAAACAUAUUAUAACUGAAAACUUAAACUGUAAUUAUCAUGCUGUGGGUGUUUCAGUUGACUUUUUAUUUUCCCAGACUCAUAUGAGGUGACUGUGACCUUUGACCUCUGACAUCUAAUCAAUUCAUCAAAAUCUGAAGAAAUUUCCUAAACGCAGACUUUAAAUAUGUUCAAAAGUUUUGUGAGGCCUCAUCACUUCACCUAAAAUCAAUGAAUCUGAGUCUAAGUGUAAAUUUGUGCCAAAUUAUAAAAGAUUCACUCGCUGUGUUUUGAAGAGAACAAGCUCAGACAAGGGUUUGUGAGGCGACUGUGACCUUCGACCUUUGACCACCUCAUCACAAUCAUGGUAGCAGGUUUGAAAAUGUUCCCUCACGGCGUUCUUCAGGUAUCCUGUUUACUUUCUUACACGAGAAAGAUUUGGCUCGAGAAGACAAAACUCCGACACGACUUUAGUUUCAGUUUGUUGUGUUUAAGAUUUUAAACGUUGAAUUUCAAAGGAAAUUUCUUCUCAGGGUUUAUUCUCUAUUUUAUUUCCUCCUUUUUCUUUUUCUUAGUUUUUCUUGGCUCAUGAGCUGAAUGAUCCAUUCACACAAGAUUAAAACCAGUCGAUCUUCGUCAGUGUCACAUGAUCAACGUCAACGUCUGAAGGUGCUGGUUGAAAUCCUGCGUCACAUGACGCCUCAGCUGGUUCUGUUGCUGUCAGUUCUUCCUUAAACGAUCUUUGGCCUCUGAUUCUAAGCUAUUAAAAUGAAAUACCUCUG